AUUUUCCUGUUUAGAUUUAUGGCGUAAUCCGGUAGAAUUGACCUACUUUUGAAAAAUGUCCAGAAAUUUUACAUUUCCAAUUAAUUCAACAGUUCUCAAUAACUUUCCAAAACUAGAUGACAAAGUAUGUGUUGUAUCUAUUAUUGGAAAAAGUCGUUACAAUCUGAACUCAUCUAAGGCAUCCAUUCUCAACAGUAAUAUAAAUAUAGAUGCAUUCAGGGGGUGGAAUGAAGAUGACACAGAUACAUCAGUGGAUCAUACAUGCCACAUUGAAGGGUUCUAUGAUGAUGCCAACCAUGUGAUCUAUCUCCACUUCCUGUCAGCCUAUGAUACAUGUUCCCUGGCCAAUGUCUGUGAGAGUGUUCACAAGAGACUCACAGAACAUGGAUAUUGGCAGUUAUGGCAGGACAGUGAGCAUAAGCAUGCCAGAGCUCUUCUCUACUUAUUCUCAGUCUCACAUAUUAUCAUGAUGACACAACCUGGGAGUUCAUUGGACAUCACAUGUGUGAGACUAUUCAGGAUCCUAGAUGAGAUUCGAAAGAAGCUGCAGAUGGCUGUGGGGGACAUACUCAAAGACCUUGGAGCACCUAGAGAAUGGUGCCUUGCUGCCCGGCCAUGUUCACCCAGGGUGCUGUUUGUCUUCGAGACAUGCUUGCUCACAGAAACACCUGGUAAUGAUAACAGUGCUUUUAAUAGGCCACGGACACAGAAAAUCUCUCCUUUAAAGAAGCUACAGCAUUCAAUAGAAGAUCAGAUAUAUAGAAUCCUCAGAAAAGCAAGAAUCAUCACCAAUAUAAGCAACAAUUCAUUGUUUGCAGUGGCAGCCAACCAAGAGUUUGUCUAUGUCUGUAGCAAUAGUAGCAAGUCUGUGGCAGCUAAAGACUCACUUUCAUUCUAUCUUACACAGCUCCACAAUACAUGUGCAAUACCUAAAGAUUCAGACAAUCCUCAAAGAAGUCAUGGUUACCAGAUGAAUCGCCAUGGCAACCAGAAAGUCUCUGGUCUAGUCACACUUCCCACAGAGAUGUCCACCCUCCCCAAAGGGAAUGAUUUCUCAUCUUUUCUCAAGCAGCAUGUGGAUCUUGCCCUUGGCAAAGGAUUUGAUGAUAAUGUUGGAAGGAACCCUGUUCCAGCACUGUUUGAGACUGAAUCCUGUGAGCUGACACUGCAGAUCUGUGACGCCCUGUAUGAGUUCUUCAUGAUAGACCCUAUGGGCACAACUGGCAAACUACAUUUCAACACAUUAAAAACCAAAUUGGAAGUUGAUCUCAGGUUCUCAGAAGGACGAUGUGGUAAGAUCUUACCUUUGGCAGAAAAUGCUUAUGCAGAGGGACUCCCACAGCAUUAUACGCGAAGCUACCACCAACAGAAGCUGGCAGCUGCUAGAAGGGUUCUGAGCCAACAUGCUAGAGGACCAGCCAGUGAGAAAUAUCUGAAGCAGCUAGAAGAGGAGUGUACAAGGAUCUGGAAGAGUGGGAGAGAGCUUUGUGAACAGACGAGUCUCACUGGGAACCAUUGUACAAAUGCACUGCAUAGACUCAGUGAAGAUGAAGAUCAGAGUAACAACCAAGGUGUUAAGUUACCUGUAUUACCACAUGCCAGCCAGGUGAAAACAAAGUCUACCUGUAACUGUGGGAGGAAACAAUCUGAAAGAGAAGAUCCAUUUGAUCAUAAGGCUGCUAAUUUUGACUUCUAUGACCAAUUAAGAAAAACAUGUUGUGAUAAGUUGGAAAAUAUAGAACUACCAGUAUUUAAACCAAGCAUUGCUGAAGUAAAAAGUUCUCCUGCUAAACCAAUUGUUGAAGAGGCAGAAACACCUAUAGCUAAUAAAGAUUUAUCACGACUAGACAUAGUCUCCGGAAUGUCAAAUUUGAGUCUCACUAUGAGUUUAGUUGAAUCAGAGGCCAGUGAUUCCAUGUACAGCCAUGGUCCCCAGGGAAGUUUCACCACAGAACCACAACUUGAGCAACCACAACAUGCAAAUACAGAGCAAGGCUCUCAGAGAGAUGACAGUCCAGAAGCUCUAGGGACUGAAGUUGAGGUAUCCCAGCAAGCUACAGAAAGACAGCAUUCCACUACAGAGUAUUUAGCAGGGAUGCUCCAUAGUGUUAGUCCACCUGGUCUCCUGCCACAAUUUCCUUCAUGGUCCCUUGUAGGGUUGUCUAAAUACAAUGCUUACUCAUAUUCACAAGGUCUUGACCAGCCUGGGUUCUUACAUGGUGGAAACUUUCUUCUUCCCUGGGACCUCAAUGGGAAAGGGGACAAGGAGAAAUGGCCUACUGUAGCGGAAAUGUCAACCAAAAAGGGAAAGUCAAAGCGAGGACAAAAAGAUCAAGCUUCUGAAGUGAAUGCAAAGAUCUAUCUUGGAAUUGAAUAUGAAUGCCCCAGGGGCCACAGGUUCUUUAUCACAUCCCCUGACAAGAUUCUCAAGCUCCCCAGUGGUGCAACAGGGCCCCCUAAAGAGAACGCUGCAAAGUUAUUGAACACAGAUUUCCCACUAUACACAGCCUGCCACUGCAGGAGUGCAAAAGGCUACAUAGCUCAGUUGAUGCGUGUAUUUGUUGCUGUCCCUGAGGGUCCAGUAGAGGUGUCUCUCACUCCAAGGGUACAACCAGGACCUCCCCCAUGCCCUGUCUUCCACCCUGGAACCACAAGUGCUGUACCAUUACCCAAGGGCAAAAUAUGGGUCCUUAGACUUCCAUUUAUAUACAUUGGUGAAGAUGGUCCAAUCUUACCUCCAACUGACUCACAACAUCUCAAUUCUUGUAGACUACUAAAGGGACUGUUCACAAUAACAGAGGAUUCAUCAUGAGGAGGAAUCUAAAUUAUUGAAAAUUAAUGUUGAUGUAGAUGGAAUGAGAUAUAUUAAGAACCUAGCUUGAGGACGCCAAAAAAUAAGGAUUAUAUUAGUAUUUGAGGACUCUGGCACAUAAAUGAAGAUUCUGAGACUAUUGUUAGACUGUUUUGAAAUGAAUAAAAUCUGAAAAGUUAUUGAACCAUUAGUUUUUAAGUUGUUACAAAAGCCAAG